AAACAGAGUAGUUUGUGAAGAAGAAAAAAAAACAGAGUAUCCCCUUGAAUAUUCAACUCUAGUUUUCUAUAUGGAUCCAUAUUUUGUCCAGUCACCGUUCUCCUCCUUCUCGCCGGAAUAUUCUCCGGAAUCUUUCUCAUCCUCAUCUUCCAACAACUACUCUCUCCCCUUCAACGAGAACGACUCGGAAGAAAUGCUUCUCUACGGACUAAUCGAGCAGUCCACGCAACAAAACGUUCUGGUCAAAACAGAGGAAGAGACCGGAACGUCAAGAAAGCCAGAGAAGUCGUACAGAGGCGUAAGACGACGGCCGUGGGGGAAGUUCGCGGCGGAGAUAAGAGACUCGACCCGAAACGGUAUUAGGGUUUGGCUUGGAACGUUUGAAAGCGCCGAAGAAGCGGCUCUUGCGUAUGAUCAAGCGGCUUUUUCGAUGAGAGGCUCGUCGGCGAUUCUAAAUUUUCCGGCGGAGAGAGUGAAAGAGUCGCUUUCGGAGAUUAUGUAUAGCUACGAGGAUGGGUGUUCUCCGGUUGUGGCGUUGAAGAGGAAACACUCGAUGAGAAGGAGAAUGACCAAUAGGAAGACGAAAGAUGCUGACUUUGAUCACAGCUCCGUGAAGUUAGAUAAUGUGGUUGUGUUUGAGGAUUUGGGAGAACAGUAUCUUGAGGAGCUUUUGGGUUCUUCUGAAAACAGUGGGGCCUGGUGAAGAUUGUUUUCUGUAGAAUUUGUGUUUAUAGGGGCUUUUCGAUGUUU